AGCAGUGCCUCACGCCACCUGCUGCGGCCUCCGCGGGCAUUGUGACGGCGGGGGCGCUGCUGUGGACGCUGGCGGGGCCCCGCAAGCAGCCUGCUGUUGCUGCUGCCGUCACCGGGACACCUGGCUCCCAGCCUUCAGCGGGUGGGCUGGGUUCGCAAACAGCUGAGAUUAAGACGCAGGAGGUUCUUCUUCAGGAUAAGCACGGGAAGGCGAACUAGGAAGCCAGACGGAGGAGGACGACAGCGAGGAGGGUGGAGGGCAUGCCUCGCCGCGCAUCCUGCCUGGGUGCAGUUUUGCCAUUGACAACCUGCGAGGAUUGGAGGUGACGCUAAUGCUGAAUUAACUUGUAAAGGAGAACUUUAUUUAAAGGCUUUGCCUUGCAACAUUGGAACUAGAAGUGUGUACAAUCGCGGCCCCACGAUGGCCCAAACAUAUAUGCUAAAAAAAGCAAGUUAAGGCUUGCAAAUAAUGCUCAAGGUUUUCCGAUAGUUGCCACUGCCGUUCGGGUUGGCAUAUCCAAGGCGUAAGGUUACAACACGAGGCGUUGUCCGACGUUAGGUGCUGCUGGCAAUAUGUCGACGAGGCAGUGAUAUCGACUUUGACGAUAAUAACUCAUGAAAUUCUAUAAAAGGCGACGUACAAUUUAGGCUUUACAAUAUAGCUCGGAUGCAGGUCAAAUCGGCCUGGAUCCUACUUCUUACACCAGAGAACCAGUUCAGACGCGCUUUUGCCCUUUUUAUAGUUACUAAGUUUUUGAGUCACUGGUAUUCAACUGAUUGUAAGGACGGCAGCGCGGCUGUGUAACCCUAAAACUCUACCAAACGCCGAUUCGUUUUCGGGGAAGACGGCGAGCUCUGUCGUGCGCAAUCUUUAAAGCAUGUUGUUACUGGACGCAUUAGCGCUUAGGGUUGACGAAUGCGAGCUCUAGAAGCUAAUCCGACCUGGAAACUGUUGUUCGGCACCGGGCCGGGCUGCUGAGGAGUGCUAUGCAACUGAUUCGAAUGGGUCGCUUUGAUGAUGCCAGCACUUAUGCAGAGUACUAUGGCUACGGGACGGAAAAGGCACCCCAACGCGGUGGGGGAGCAUGGAAGAAACUUCGUAAGCUUUUCUCAAAAUUCACAGCUGCACCUGAAACUUCGUCAACCGAAGAGCCACCUAUGGAUAGGCAUGCCAGCUCCAAUUUCAGGCUGUAUUGGAGGAGCAGGCCCGCCGACGUUCUUCGCGUGGACCAAGGACCUCUUACUGCAAGCGUGACAGCGUUGCGGAUGGACCAGUGCUUGGCGGCUUUAUCUGCUGCCGGCUAUCCUCAUCGCGAUGCAAAUGCAGCAGCAGAGCCAUCUCCAGCGCCGGCGCGGCCUCGGCAACAAAUUCCGCACCAGCCGUCCGUCAUGUUUGGCGAGAUUAAUGAGGAACAAUCUUACCAACAACAGCAACCAACAGAGCGGGAGGAUCAGGAACGGCGAGCGCUGCGGAUGCAGCAGCUGCAAGAGCUCAAGCAACAAGCUCCCACCGGCCCGGAGCACAAGGUUCAGCGACUGGAUUACCAACCUGAGCCCAAGCCGCCCCUUCAGCCCCGGCCACAGUUCUCUCGACAAUCCCUGCUGAACCAACCGCUCCAGCUGCAGCAGGCGCAAGGCACUGCGCCAAGCAUCUGCAGCGGCAGCAGCAGGAACAGCAGCAGAGCUUUGCACCAGCAGCAGCACUCUUUACUCGUUCGGUCGUCUGAACCGGGAGGUCAUCAACAACAGCAGCAGCUGCAGCGGCAGCAGCAGCAGCACCAACCAGAGGAGCCGCAGCACAUGCAGCAGGAGUUGCUUCCUGAGGCACCACAGCAGGAGAUGUUCGCGCAACAGCCGAGUUACGACUACUACAACCAUUUGGAACAGGAGCUCCUGCUGCGGCAACAGCAGCAGCAGGCAGGGCAGCCAGAGCCCGAGCAGGCGCAGGAGCAACAACCGAGUAGUUAUCAUUAUCAGCAACCGAAUCAUUAUCAGCAGCAUGACCAGCAGCAACAACUGCAACUGUUUCAGGAGCAGCAGCAGCAGCAGCAGCAGCCCGGCUAUCCGCACCAGUACGACCAGCAGCAGUUGGACGUUACGAACAUCUGUACGCUGUACGGCUGGCCUGCUGCUGACAUGGCCACCGCUAACACCAACACCCGUCAUCGCCAUCAUCCCCAGCUGCCUCGAACCCCGCCGCUCCCCACCAUGCUCCGCACCCUUCAUCAAGCAACCGAUCCCAUCGUCUGCCACCAGCCACCAGCAGCAACCCCGCUCCCGCAACCCGAACCCCGCCCGCCUCCUCACCCUCACCCGCCGCCUCGCCCCCAGCCCCACCCGCCAGACGCCGAGGGGACUGCUGGCAUGGACAGGGCCCUGUGGCAGGGCCCCAUGCUUCUCAUGCAGGCGGCCCAGAUGCUGAGCGAGCUGGACCCUGAGGGAGACGGCAUGAGCCAACGGGUGGAGUCCGAGAGGCAGACGGAGGCGGGCGGGGAGGAAGGGGAAGCGGCAGCACAGGCAAGGCUGGCGGUCGAGGCUUGGCGGGCCUUCACACCAGCGGCCUCCAGCACUACGGAGGCUGGGACGGAGGAGGCGCAGCGGGUGUACCCGCGGCCGCCGUCUUCCAGCACCCUGCCGCCGCCUAGUUACAUGCGCUGUUUCGCGCCCAGACCGCCGCCUCCGGCUGCUGCUGCCGUGGGAACGCCUGCACCUCUAAGCAGCCGUCUGCCGCCGCGGCCCACUCACUCCCAUCGCCAGCUGAUCAGCCUCAGUCCUCAGACCCCAGCGCCUGCCGAGCGGCCUCCGCCCUCCUCUUCGGGAUCGCUCCCUAACAGCGCCGCAGGGGUUCCAGGUGGCACCGCCUCAGACCCCGGCCCCUCGACUGGGGAGCAGCUGAUGGUACGGCAGGACAGCUAUCUUCGCCGGCGUACGGCUCAGACGUGCGGGGGGUACGGCGGGUACGGCUCAUCGUCGUCGACGUACCCUCCAGCCGGCGGCGGCGCUGCCGCCACAAGCCGUCGUGCGUUGCUGCUGGCGGCGGCUACUGACGGUGCCGCCGGCUUGCGCACGACUGUACGGCAGCUUCGCAACUCCGGGUACGGUAAGGAGGUCAUUGACGGCGUUGACGGCGGCGGCGCCGUCGCCAUGCGGGGGAGCUUCUUAACCGGCGGCGGCGCUGAAGGCAGCGGCGGCGGCGGCGGCGUUGCUAUUCGCCCCCAGCGGCAUACCGUCGACGGCGAUGUUACCUACCAACGUACGGCGUUCACCGACGGCGGCAACAAGAACAACAACAACAACAACUCCCGCCAGGCCUCCGGCAACUACCGGUUUGAAGGAGCCGCAGCUCAGGAUCGGAGCUCGCCCCAACCCCACUACCCUGGAGCCCCCUCCGUCAGCCCCGUCCGGGCUUGCGGUAGUACGCGGGGGAGCUCGGGGGUCUCCGUAGUUUCAUCCGGCCUGGCAAACAGGGUGCGAUACGACAUGGAGGCACGAGCGGCGGCGGAGCAUGCAGCGGCGGCGGCGACGGCGGUACGCAGCGGGGGGCCGCUGGCGGCUAGGCCCUCCGACUCCUCCAUUCAGCCUUGCUGGCGGGACUUGAUGGCAGAGGCCGCGGCUGUGAUGGAUGACGCGAACGCUCCCGCCGUCGCCGCCAGCAGCGGCGGAGGCGGUGGCGGUGCUGAUGACACGGCAGGCGCCGGUGUCGGCG